GUUCUGUCCUCAUCCGUGGAGCUGCGAUCUGUAAGGUGGUGGGAGCUGCAGGCGGACUCGGGGGGCCCAGGAACCAGAAAUGGACUCAGUGGCCUUUGAGGAUGUUAAUGUGGAGUUCACCAUGGAUGAGUGGGCUUUUCUGUAUCCGACCUGGAAGAAACUCUACACAGAUGUGAUGCUGGAAACCUUCUGGAACCUGGCAUCAGUAGCGUGUCUUUUCGAAGAACAGUGUGAUGACUAUGAGAGUGAAGAUCAAUAUGAAAAUCAUGGGGUGAAUUUUAGGGAAAUGGAUCAUCAAGCCCCUGGUGCAUGGCUCUAUCCUGAACCACUGAGCCAAAUGGGCCUUGUACACAAAAAAUCUUAA